AUGAUGUUAAUAUCCUCAAUUAACUUUUAAAAUAAUAAGAUUUUAAACCUUGAAUUUUUAAUGGAUCUAAUAAAUUAAAAAAUCAAUAUAUGCAUUUUCAUUUUCUUUAUAUACUAAUUCUUAAAUAAUCAACAUGAAUAUAGAGCUUUAGAUCCAUAGUCAUAAAGAAAAUCUAAAUAAUUAACAUUAGAUUAAGUAUUAGUCUUAUAAACACCAAUAAAUAAUUCUAUCUAUGAAUUAUCACAUGGAAUUGAUAUCAAUUUUGGAUAAAAAGAAUUAUUAGACCACAUUAAUGAAGGAGUUAUGAUGGCAAAAUUCUUAUCACUAGAUGAUAAAAUUAGCAAUUUAUAAUUUAAAUUUUAAAAUGCAGCUGCUUAAACAAUGUUUUGUAAAGAAAAUGAUGAACUACCAUAAUUUUUAGAUUAAUUGUAAUGUGAAAUUCCCAUAGAAUCAAAUUAAUCAUAAUAACAUUAUGCAAGUACUUCCCCUCAUCAUUAAGAUAAAUCAGAUUAUCAAAAGAAAUUAUUUGUAUCAUAAUCUAAUUUUGGAUUUAGUUUAUAAGAGAAGAAAUCAUUUUCACCCAAUUCUAAAAUAGCAUUUUUUUAAUAAUAAUAAAGUUCUGAUAGUGUAGUUCAAGUAAAUUAAUCGAAUAUUUCUUAGUGUAAGACUGUGUAUUAACAUUUGAUAUAAUAUGCAAAGACAAAUAAAAAUUGUACUGAAAAUGAAGCAUAAUGUGAACCUCUUAAAUUGUGUUGUACAUAUGAAGAUAAUGGAAAACAAAAAUCAAUAGAAUUUAUUUGUUUAUUAGGUUUAGGCAAAUAGAUUAUUAUAAUUACAAGAGAUAUAAUAUAUUUAAAUUAAUUAAAAGAGUUAUUAUAAGUAAACCAGUAAAAAUCUAAUAUGCUUAAUUAUGUUAGUCAUGAAUUUAGAACUCCUUUAAAUUGCAUUAUUAAUGUUUUAUAAAGUGUUUUAGACAAGGUUUAGGUUAAUUAAGAUUAAUUGUUACAUAUAGCUUUGGAAAGUUCUUAACAUCUUUUAAAUUUGGCAAAUGAUUUACUUGAUUUAGCUUAAAUUAAGAAUAAUGUAUUUAAUUUAACAAAUGAAUAAUUUAAUGUGAGUUAAUUAGCAUAAAUGUGUUUAAAUUCCUUCUAAAUUUAAGCUGCUGCUUAAAAUGUGAAGAUAUCUUUAGCAGCUAAUUCUGAUUAAUUAUUUAUUAAAUCAGAUAAGAAUAGAAUUAAAUAAAUAUUAAUAAAUUUAAUUGGAAAUGCUCUUAAAUUUACAUAUGAUGGUAAAAUUGAAAUAGUAUUGAGAUAAUAUGAUUAAUUUAUUGAUAUUGGUGUUAGAGAUACAGGGAUUGGAAUAUCUUAGGAAAAUAUUAGUAAAUUAUUUAAAGCUUUUGGUAGAGUAGAUAAUGAUAAAUCCAAAUCAAUGAAUUAAUAAGGGGUUGGAUUAGGAUUACUUAUAAGUAAUAAGAUUGCUAAACAAUUAAGUGCUGAUAAUUAAGGAAUCAAAGUAUAAUCAACAGAAAUGAAAUAUGAAAAUCAUGGUUCAUAUUUCUAUUUUACUGUUAAAAUGGAAUCUCAUAGAUAACAUAAGUUAUUAAGUUAUAAACCUCCUUAAAAAUAAAUUAAUUUAUCUUCUCCAUUUAUUCCAUCAGAAGGAACAUAAAAGAAAAAAUCAUUUACAUAUACAAGUAUUGAAUAAAGAUUAAGUCCUGAGAGAAUUAAAGAAACAAAAUGUUUCCAUAUCUUAUUAGUUGAUGAUAAUGUUUUUAAUUUAGCUGUUUUAGGAAUGAUGAUUAAUGAAUACUUUUAAAAUGAGAUUUAUUUAUAAUUAUCAAUAGAAAAGGCAAAUAAUGGAACUUAAGCAGUUGGAUUAGCUUUUUAUAAAUGUAAUGAAAAUUGUUAAGGCUUUUCAUUAAUAUUUAUGGAUAUGGAAAUGCCAGGAUUAAAUGGAGUAGAUGCAUCAAAGAUUAUAUUAGCUAAAAAUAUAUAAUAAAAAAUUAUAAUUCUUACUGGGUAAAAUAUUAAUUUGAUUCUUAGUAAUAAUUUAAGUCAAUAAGAAAUUAAAGAAUUAAAAUCAAUUGGAAUAUUCGACUACAUAAUUAAGCCUAUUUAAAAAUCUAAGUUACAAAGUAUUCUUGAACAAUUUAUUACAGAAUGA